CCAUAUUUGAUGUUACGGCCUACGGGUCCAAUUACAUGGAUUUGUCACAAAUGUCAAAGUUGGAUGUUUUCUCUAUGUAAUGAAGAGAAUUUUAAUAUUAGGUUCGAAAUCAGUUUUUGGAAAGGAUUCGAUUUUAAUCAUCCGCUUUGUGUUCUAGCAUCCUACAAAGAUGUCUUGUUAUGCAUGAAGAGAUCGGAGAAGAAUGAAGAAAUCUUAAAAAGAGAAUACUGAACUUUUGAUUCAUUAAAAAUAUAUAUAUAUACACUAAAUUGUCAACUUGUUGAUUGUAUGUUUGUCCUACAAAUAUUUCCUUGAAUUGGACAAAUGGUCCACAUUACGAUUGAACACAAAUAUCUUCUUUAACCAUUUAUUUGUUUUUCUUCUACCGAAGCGAACACCAUCAACUUCCAUCACCACCAAAUCGGAUCCUUUUUACCUUAUGGGCUUUGAUUUGCCGAGGUGAAUCUCUGGGUUAGGUUAUUUUUCUUUAGUUUUACUGUUUCAACAGAAUAAUAAAGUUGGGCCGAAGCCCCUUAAGGCCCAAAACGAAGAGCGAAAACCCUUAACGAGUAAAAAAGCUACUCAGAGGUCGGAGCACCUCUUUUCUCCAAGGUUAUACAGUAUUUAUAAAUUAUUUAGCUGCUAGCUCUCAAGUCUCAACGAACUCUUCCCGCCCCGGCAAAUAAACCGUCGCUGUUUUCUUCUUCAUUAUGGCCAGUUCCGGCAAAGUUAAUUUAUUGGGUAAGCGAGAGGCAAAAGAUGAUGAUGUGGAGACCAAACCGAUUCUGAAGAAACAUAAGGACAAAUCCGAGGAGACAACGAAAAGAUUUCCUGAGAUCAAAGGAAAGGUCGAGUUGUUGGAGACAAAGUCUGAUCAGGCUCCACUGAAGGCAGUUCCCUCAAGACAAAACACGCUCUAUGUUACCUGUCUCUCUCCCCAUACUAAAAUAUCAGAUAUCAUCGAUUUCUUCGAAGAUGUUGGACAAGUUGUUAGUGUUAAACUUGCUAUAAAACGCGAGGGUAAGCGUUUGUCCAGUGGCUUUGUUGAGUUUGCUUCUGCUAACGAAGCAAAGAAGUUGAGACUAGCGCUGGAUAAGAAGAAUGGUGAAUAUUUGUGUGGUAAUAAGCUUAUUCUUGGCAUGGCUACGAAACAAAUUCCACAAACCAAGUAUUGCAUAUAUCACAAGGUUUGCAGGUACAAAGACUACAUUCAACAAGAAAGCCUUCCGAUUGAAGAAGAGGAGACACCUCCCUAUUUUGUUGAGGUAACCAAAAAGACGCUCUUUGUUGCCAAUCUCUCUGCCCAAACUAAAAUAUCACAUAUAUUCGAUUUCUUCAAUGAUGUUGGAGAAGUUGUUAGUGUUCGACUUAUUGUAAACCCUGAGGGUAAGCAUGUGGGCUAUGGCUUUGUUGAGUUUGCUUCUCCUUGCUUAGCAAACAUGGCGCUGGAAAAGAAGAAUGGUGAAUAUUUGCACGAUCAUAAGAUUUUUCUUGGUGUGGCUAAGACAGCUCCACACCCUCCACGACUUAAGUACAACCUUGCAGAGAAGCUUUGGUAAUGGAUUUAACUAAGAUCACAAGGGUUUUUGAUAUUCCAGGUAGAAGAAGAUGAGACAGUGGAAGGACUUAAUGAAAAUCCCAGUUUUGUUGAGGCAGUUGCCUUAAGAGAAAAGACGCUCUUUGUUGCGCAUCUUUCUCGCCAAACUAAAAUAUCACAUAUCAUCAAUUUCUUCAAAGAUGUUGGCCAAGUUGUUCAUGUCCGACUUAUUAUAGACCACAAGGGCAAGCAUGCUGGCUAUGGCUUUGUUGAGUUUACUUCUGCUGACGAAGCAAAGAAGGUGAGAUUAGUUUAUAGUAAUGAUGAAAAGUGUUUUACUAGUCAUUAGAAAUGUAGUGUAUACUUAUGAUGAAAAUGAUAAAAGUAGUUAUUCUAUGUUGAUUGCUGAU